GUGGUGAAAACCCCGUGAGAGUCACGUGGCCUCAGAGUCACGUGACAAUACGGAAGUGGAAGAUGGCGGCGACAGGACAGGGAGCAGCUGCUAUGGAAAGCAUCUCGCGGGUUCCUCCGUCCGUGCUGCAGCUGAGGAUGGAGGCACAUCCAGGAGACGAUCCCGGGCAGGGGGAAGCGGGUGGAAAUGCAGCUCCUGCGCCGAGAAGAUCCACCAACAACAAUGAUAGUGGAGUGGAAACGGCCGAAGAGGCAACAGAGCCGGCCGAACCGGACAUCCACGAGCUGUGCAAAGAUAUGUUCGAAAAGAUGGCCGUUUUUCUGCAAGGAGAACUCACAGCCACUUGUGAGGAUUAUAAACUUCUGGAGAAUAUGAACAAGCUCACCAGUCUGAAGUACAUGGAGAUGAAGGACAUUUCGAUCAACAUCAGCCGCAACUUGCAAGACCUCAAUCAGAAGUAUGCGAGCCUGCAGCCAUACCUGGACCAGAUAAAUCAGAUUGAGGAACAGGUGACGGCUCUGGAGCAGGCUGCGUACAAACUGGACACAUACUCAAAAAAACUGGAGGCCAAGUUUAAGAAACUGGAGAAACGCUGAAACAUGCGAUGCGUGUUCAGAUAAAUGAAGGCCCGGCUUCGGUUCAGAUCAGCCAUGCUUGCUUCAGGAGGCUCUCCGGGUUCCCUUCCCGCUCCUGCUUCUAGUGUUAGUGGGUUUCCGAUAGGAUCCAGAACCACCCUUUUUUUUUUUUUUUUUGGAUGCACACAGUUUUCUAAUUAGUUCCUAAUUAUGAAAAAGACUCCAGGAAGCUUGUGCACUGGUUCAGCAAGGGCUUUGUGGAUGUGAGUCCAUUUAUCUCGCAUCUGACGUACUGAAGGAAACUGGGUCUGUGUGUCUGCGAAUCCUGAUUGAACUGUGGGAUAAUAAAUGCAAUGCAAUAAAUAAAUUGAUUCUAGUGAGUAAAAAAGUACUUAAAAUGUCCCUACUAUCUGAUUUUUCUAUUUAAAUAUUGUACAAAAGGCCCUCAUUUCCGUAAAGUAUUAUAAUCUUGAAUGGAAAUGCAAAGAUUUCUGUAAAUGUUUUGUCAUUUUUUUUAUAUAUAUAUAAUAUAUAAGCCUGCUGUUAGUGAAGAUGCAAAAUGGUUAUUAUAAAGACAAUUGAUGAAACCUGAA